CGUGUCUUUAUCAUCUUCCCAAUUAGUCUCACCCCCAAAUUCAAUCAACGAACCCCCACAAUUUACACAGUAGCCAUGGCUCUCUCCUCUAUUCAGUCGAUCCCGCCCAAACCCCCCUUCCCCAACCUAAUUUAAUCAUUCUAACCCUAGCUACAAGCCAUGGCGAUCGUCACCGGCGAUAGAUAUCUUGAAUCACUCGUCAAAUUCGUCGAUUAUCAGGCUGAGAAAUUGAUAGAAGGUACUCUGGUAUUGAAAUUGAAUCCGGCGGGUUUGCGGUACGUGCAAUCAAGGCUGGAGGCAUUUAGGGAGAUGGAAAGCUCGUUGGCCGGAGCUCCGGUUGAUUAUCUGCGUGCCUAUGUGUCGGAUUUUGGCGACCACCGCGCGCUCGUGCAGUUGCGGAGAAUUCUUCGCCUGCUUCCGUCGUUAAAGGUGGUUUCUCUGCUGCCGCCCCUCCGCAGGGAUCCGACGCCUCUGUCCCUUCUUCCAUUCGCCAGUUUGAAGGUUUUGGAGCUCCGGGGAUGUGAUUUGUCGACGUCUGCAGCGAAAGGGUUGCUUGAGUUGAGGUUCACGCUUGAGAAAUUGAUAUGCCAUAAGUCAACUGAUGCAUUGCGGCACAUAUUUGCAAGUAGAAUUGCGGACAUAAAGAAUUCACCCCAAUGGAACCGGUUGUCUUUUGUUUCGUGUGCAUGUAAUGACUUGAUUGUCAUGGAUGAGUCUUUGCAGCUGCUUCCUCUGGUUGAAACCCUUGAUCUGAGUAGGAACAAGUUUGCAAAGAUGGAUAAUCUCAGAACGUGCACCAAAUUGAAGCAUGUGGAUUUGGGAUUUAAUAACCUAAGAAGUAUUGCAUCAUUACGUGAGGUCCCCUGUCAGAUUGUUAAGCUUGUGCUGAGAAACAAUGCUUUAACUUCAUUGCACGGCAUUGAAAAUCUCAAAUCACUUCAAGGGCUUGAUGUUUCAUACAAUAUCAUUUCUAACUUUUCUGAGAUAGAGGUUCUUGCUGGUAUCUCAUCUCUUCAGAACUUAUGGUUAGAAGGAAAUCCUCUUUGCUAUGCCCGAUGGUUCCGAGCUAAAGUUUUCAGCCUUAUUUAUCAUCCAUAUUUACUUAAGCUGGACGAGAAGAAAAUAUCUGCUUUUGAGGAUUGGAAGCGGAAAAUAAUAAUUUCAAGUAGGCAGAAGCAGCCUGCAAGCUUUGGAUUUUAUUCACCCAUCCGUUAUGAAGCUGAUUUAGAAGAAGAUUCUCAUACAAAGAAGAGGCGUUCACGUGUUGCAUGUAUUGAGAAUGAUGAGCGAAGCACAUAUAUUGUUGACCCAGAUUCAGUGUCAUGUGAUGAUGAUAUUGAGAGCAAAGGAGAAACUGUGCAUACAGAAGAAGAAGCUGAAAUUGAAGAUUUGAUGGAAAGAAUUGAAAAUUUGAAGAAGCAUCGUUCUUCUAUGUGGUUGGAAGAAUUUCAUGAAUGGAUGAAUCAAACAUCAGAAACUGUUGGUGAUGGCAAUAGAUUUAGGAGUACCAUAUCACAUAGAAAUAAAGAGAUGUGUUUGAACAGCGAGACAGAGAACGUUGACCAAGGCGAGACCUCAAGGUACCUCUCCGACUCUUUUCAGCUUUCUGGGGAUGAGAGCAGCACAAUCCUUCUAGGAUCCGAGACAUCCUUUGCAAAUACGUCGGUUGUCAGUCAACAGUAUUUUGAUCGAAUCAUUGAAGCAUCUUCAAGGUUGUUCAUGGGCCAUUCUGGAGGGGACAGAUCUGUUUUCAAGAAUUUUAGUGAGAGUCAGGAAGAGCUGAGAUACUUAAACAAUGAAGGGAAUAUUCCUGCAGAUGCUGUAUACCUGAGAUUUGAUUCCCUUGAAAUGCCCAGAGGGGAUAAUUCGAGUGCAGAAAACAUGUAUGUCCCUUCAACUACUGCAAUGAAUAAUAUAAUGGGGUCCCAUUCUUCCUCAACUUUGCCGUCAUCUCCACCUCAUUACGAGGAGGAUAUUUUACAUCGACGACACAACUUAGAAGAAGAAUUUCUGCAGCUGUCUGCUGAAUCAUUCUCAGUGGCAUCAUCUGAUAGUAAUACAAGCUGUAGUGACCAUGAUUCUGCUCAUGAUGGCCCUUCGGUGUCUCAUAUUGAUAGUUCUGUCAAUGACAGUUCAUCUAAAAAGAGUAAUGAUAAUAUCUUUAUAGCUUCAACUGACGAUGAUACAAGUGAUGCAAAGAAAAAUGUGACUGAUGUGUCAAUUUCUCAGACUCAAGGAAAUUGUGCUUACUCCAAUGGAAGAGAGAUGGAAAUUUCCCUUCCUGACAGUGGUAGGUCUUUAGAUGAUAUACAAGAUGAUGGAAGUUUAGGAAUUUUUAAGGGGAAGAAUAGACACAGAAGGAAACCCAGUAAAAGGAUGAUUUCCUUACCUGAGGAGGAUGAUGUGAGAGGAGAUACUGAAUCUUCAAAGAGGUCAGAUGAUCACGUAGAAUCCUGCUGAAGUAAAGUCUCAUGAAGCCAAAAAUAAAUGUUGGGCUUUGAGCUAUGGAAAUCCAGUCUGGAUAGUAACAAUGAUGACAGCACCCACCGUAUUUGGCUAGUAUAACAAGGGAACCGGAUCUUGAGUUCAACGAUUGAAAUUAACGAAAAGAUGGUCGUACUUGUGAUCUUUCUAGUUUUCCUUCUCAUCCAACUUGUGGCUAGAGUAUGGUACCUUCCAGGAUUGCUGUUCAUGUAUGAAGGGCCUCUGCCUCUAUACACUGAAGAUCUCAUGCCAUUUUCUUUCCUCUGGGCAGGCAUAUCGGAAAUGUGAUCUAAAGGAUAAAAACAUGCUUCUGAUAUCAAAGCAUGGAGGUAUGAGUUAUUCUCCGACUUUUUGACCUUGCUGAAUACAAUCCACGCCUAGUCUGCAUCUUAAUAGCUUAUUCUGAGAUAAUGAGGUUUUGGUUUUUGCUUGAAAUUCUUGCCCAUUCUGUGAUUUUUUCCAUUUUUUUUUACUGUGCGUUGUGCACUUGUAGCAGGUGAUCUUGCCUUCGAUUGUAAAUGGUAGUAACAAUUUUGUGGUUGUAUUUGAUUGAUUCAUUUAUAUAUUGUAGUUAAAUGAUGUAGAUAUAAACAUCUUGAAUUGUACAUACAUGAUAGUACCUUACAUUGGAUGAUCAUGAUGCAAUUAUAUUAAUUAAUUGCGAA